AUAAAUAUAAAAUAUAAACAAAUACUACAUAUUACAAAAUAUAGCUAUGUCUUGGACUACUGAGGAUAAAAGAAUGCUUCUUGCGAUAUUACAAGAAUAUGGAGCUAGCGAUUUGGGAUUGAUCCAACAGAAAAUGCCUCAUAAGUCAAUUAGCGAGAUACGAUAUAUUUGUCACAAACAUACCAAUCUGGCUCUAAACAAAUGGCUUCAUGAGAAAGACAAAAAAUAUGACAAAAAUAAUUCUGUAAGAAAUUGGCUGGAUAUUUUGAAAAAAUUUAGUAAUAAAACAGGACCAGUACAUGAUAUAAUCCCAAGAGUUCUAAAAUACAUCGCUUUGUAUGAGAAAAGAACAAAUACCACUCACAUAAAUUUAAGGGACUGCUACUUGGUGCUUUCUGAUAUUUCAAAUGGAACAGCUUCAAAAAAGUUGGACGACAGUAGCCAAUAUUUUUUAUUUCAGUGUUUAAUAAAAUUGGCAGAGGCGUUAAGAUCUGAAGGUAUUGAAUCAUAUAAACAUUAUCUUAGGUCUUUGGAGAGUUUUGCAGAUCUAUUCAAAGAUGAUGUUAAAGCUAAAUGUAAAAAUAGUAAAGGUGUGCUCAAUCCAUUGCGUGUGCCUGGAGAUCUUUUAAAAAUGACAGAGGUGGAUAAAAAUAUCGAUGUUUUUGAGGACAUCCCCUCAAAGCUUAAGGUGGACCUAAAUGAUGGCUUUCUACAAUUCAAAUAAACCACCUAGGAUCGGUGAGGAUUAAAGCCUUUGGGAAUAACAUAAUAUAAAAAAUGCAUUUGAUGUAGCUUAAAAUGUGACAAAAUAGUUAAGAUGUCUGUCAGAAUAUGAUUUAGAAUAUAGGUAACAUUUCAAUUCUGAAAUUUUGUGAAAACUUCCAGAUAUCUUACAUUAUAACUAGCACUGAAUUGUACAUAUAACUAUAAAUUGUCGUUGCAUGGGGUCUUCUGCACUUUUUUUUAUUAAAAUAAAUAUGAAACUCC